AGCUGCGGUGCUGCUCUGCGCGCUCCUGCUCUUCCCGGUGCAGUUAGAGUCGUGCUUUGCGCUCGUGGUUGCCGCUCUUGCCGACUCCUUCUGUCCUCCCUUCUUCCCUGGGACCGAUCCAGCAGCAGACUCGCAUGAGCUUCCCAGGUGUUGCCUAAUGGAAUUGCUUGGACUUCUACCACUCUAAAAGAAGAAGAGAUUUGUAUUCUACACGGUCAGCUCUGAGGAACUACCCACUGAUUAAAGACAAAUGACUUUGCCAAAGGAGAUCUGAAGUGCUUGGCUGAGUGCCCAAAGUCUGUGUCUAGACCAUAUCAAUGUUAGUGAGCAGAGCAGUGCAAUAAAAGUGGGCCUUUUCAAGUGAGUCAUUUAUGUCACUGAGUUGGUGGGUGAUGUGACAAUAGCUACAACUUCUUGAUUGCAGGAAUUUUCUAUGGGAUGCAGAUCAUGCUACUGGAAUGCAUUUGUGUGAAGAAUAUGUUCUGCAUUUCUCUCAGGAGUCUUCCAAUACAUUUGCUUAAUUACCUUUUAAUGACAUUCUAAGUGAGCUGAUGUGAAAUAAAUGACCUUGAAUCAUGAGUGAAGAAAAAAACUUUAGUGUAUCCCAGAAAAUGUUGUCUCCUUCAAGAAGUACUAGCAGCUGCUCCUCUAAGCAGGGAAGUCGACAGCAGGACAGCUGGGAAAUUGUAGAAGGACUCCGGGGAGCAAUGAAUUGUACCCAGGAACCACAGAAACAGGAAGGCUGCUUGCUGAAAAAAAGAAAAUGGCCUUUGAAGGGCUGGCACAAGAGAUACUUCUUUUUGGACAGAGGGAUUUUGAAGUAUUCUAAAUGCCAAGCUGAUAUAGAGAGAGGGAAACUUCAUGGCUGUAUUGAUGUUGGACUUUCUGUCAUGUCUGUAAAGAAAUCAACAAAAUGUAUAGACUUAGAUACCGAAGAGCAGAUAUAUCAUCUGAAGGUGAAAUCUCAGGAGCUGUUUGAUGAAUGGGUAGCAAAGCUUCGUCAUCACAGGAUGUAUCGUCAGAAUGAAAUCUCCAUGUUUCCUCAUGACGUCAAUAAUCUUUUCUUCCCAGUAUCUACUACUGUGGACUCUGGCCCUGGUCUGUGUGAUUUGACUCCAAGUAGAAAGGCAGGAAGCUUGACCAAACAAAACUCGCUGUCAGCUGGUGGUAACUUGUCAUUUUCCUUUUCGAGUAAUGAGUCCAGGAUUCCAUCUUGGCUACAGUCUUCUGAAGACAUGGAAAAAUGCUCAAGAGAUCUCUCCACUUGUCAUGCGUAUUUACUGGAAAUGAACCAGCUGUUACAGAGCAUGGAUGUGCUUCACAGGACCUAUUCAGCGCCUGCUAUAAAUGCUAUGCAGGUUGGACCUUUUGAAAGCCCAAAGAAGGAAAAGAGAACACAUAGGAGGUGGCGAUCUAGAGUUGUUGGGAAAGAGGCUAAGGGAACAUUACAGGUGCCUUCAGUAUUUUCUGCCCCUAUGAGACUACAUGCUUCCAAUCCUAACUUAUCUACAAUAGAUUUUGUAGAAGAGAGAAACUACUCUGAUGGCUCUGAAACAUCAUCAGAAUUUACUAAAAUGCAGGAGGACUUAUUUCAUAUUGCACAUAAAGUUUACUUCACCUUGAAGUCAGCUUUCAGCAGCAUAUCUACAGAGAGAGAAAAGCUGAAGCAGAUGCUGGAGCAUGAGGCAUCAUCAUCUCCAUCUGCACAAAUAGUUGGCUUGAAGAAUGCCUUAACGUCUGCAAUAGCACAAAACACAGAUCUAAAAGACCGGUUACGCAGAAUACAUGCCGAAUCUAUGAUCCUUGAUUCAGCAUCUAAUGCAAUAUCAAGUCCAGAUUUGGUGCAGGAAAAUUCGAGAGAAGAAAACAGAGGUCUGGUUCACCAGAUCUCCAAUGAAAGCAGACUAUCUAUUGCUGACUCUCUUACAGAAUUUUUUGAUGCACAGGAAGUCCUACUGUCUGCUAGCUCUUCAGAAAAUGAGGUAUCAGAUGAUGAUUCAUAUGUAAGUGAUAUCAGUGAUAAUGUCUCAGAAGAUAACCUAAGCAAUGACAUAGAGAAUGAAAGACAAACUUUAGACUGUAUUUCUGAAAGUGGAAUUGGAUGCCAUUCUAAACGGAGAACAUGUUUACCAGCUCCAUGUCCCAAUACUAGUAACAUCAGCCUAUGGAAUAUCUUAAGAAACAACAUAGGAAAGGAUCUCUCCAAAGUGGCCAUGCCUGUGGAAUUGAAUGAGCCACUUAACACCCUUCAGCGUCUCUGCGAGGAGCUGGAAUACAGUGAGCUACUAGAUAAAGCAGCUCACACACCUAACCCAUUUGAACGGAUGGUAUAUAUAGCUGCGUUUGCAGUAUCUGCAUAUGCAUCCAGUUACUACCGAGCUGGAAGUAAGCCAUUUAAUCCUGUUCUUGGAGAAACCUAUGAAUGUAUUCGUGAAGAUAAGGGUUUCCAGUUCUUUGCAGAACAGGUCAGUCACCAUCCACCUAUUUCUGCAUGCCAUGCUGAAUCUGUGAAUUUUGCUUUUUGGCAAGAUGUAAGAUGGAAAAACAAAUUCUGGGGAAAGUCCAUGGAAAUUGUUCCCAUUGGUACAACACAUGUAACUCUUCCAGCUUCUAGAGACCAUUUUGCAUGGAACAAGGUGACAUCUUGCAUCCAUAACAUCUUAAGUGGACAAAGAUGGAUUGAACACUAUGGAGAGAUCAUCAUCAAAAAUCUUAAUGACGACACUUGUUAUUGCAAAUUGACUUUCAUAAAGGCAAAGUAUUGGAAUCCGAAUGCACAUGAGAUCGAAGGCAGUGUCAUGGAUAAAACUGGGAAUGUUGUGCAUCGACUCUUUGGGAAGUGGCAUGAAAGUUUGUACUGUGGGACAACUUCAUCUUCAAAUUGCAUAUGGAGAGCAAAUCCAAUGCCUAAAGAUUAUGAACAGUGGUAUGGAUUUACUCAGUUUGCACUGGAGUUAAAUGAACUGGACCUGCAAACAAGGUCAUUACUCCCAUCCACUGACACACGCUUUAGACCAGACCAAAGGUUUCUAGAAGAAGGGAAUAUUGAAGCAGCUGAAAUGCAAAAACAGAGAAUUGAGCAGCUACAGAGAGAACGACGGAAGGUGCUGGAAGAAAACAAUCUAGAGCAUCAGCCUAGAUUUUUCAGGAAAUCCAAAGAUGACUCCUGGGUGAGCAAUGGAACCUACAUGGACCUUAGAAAAGAACCGGGUUUUUCCAAACUGGACAAUCCUGUCCUCUGGUGAAAGAGGAGCCAAGUGAAGAUGUUCCAUGCUGUAUUCCUGGAUCUGAUUUUUAAAAAGUAUAUAUAUAUAUAUAUAUAUAUAUAUACACACAUAUAAUAUAUGUGUGUGGAGUGUGUAUGUGUGCAAGUGUGCAUAUCUUCAGAAUUGUGCUUAAUUUAAAAUCUGAUAAUUCAUUUGUUUUCUCUACUCUGUUUCAAUGAUUGUUUGAAUGUACAAAUACCCUAACUUCUUUUUAUAAAAUAUUUAAUAAAUAGCACCGAAUGUGAACAAGUAGAGGGAAAAGAGGAGCUUUUACACUACUUUUCCAAUGUGUAAUAAUGUCAGUUAAGAGUUAAUUUAUGCCUUAUCGAGUUGCAUUGAAGACAGUAGCAUCAGCAUCUCCUAGCUGUGCUGAGAAACGAGCGUUAAGCCUUACGACUCAAACUGUAAGUAGGCUUCCACAGUUCAGUGAGUAAUUCAGCUGUCUAUGGACUGGUCUAAAUUGCUAAAACAGAUUAUCAGCCAGUGCUGAAAUCUGAGUACAAUCUUUUGCUGCUUGUGGAAAAGACUUAAAUAAGCUUUUCUUUCUAUUAGCUUUCUUAUUAGCAUUAUUGGAAGGGGGAGUUCUGCAGUUACAUCAUUGAAUCAGGUCAUAAAUAUAAGCUGUACCUGGCUAAAAGUAGUUCUAGAAAGUCAGGAGUCGCCAAAAUUUUCCACUGAGAAUCUUCAGAUUUAUAGUCGCCAACAGGGCACGAGGAGAUCUUUUGUAUAUAACAUUUGAGCACUGUCUAAAUGAAGCAGCUCUCUCUUUUUGCAGGAACUAAUAUGUAUACAGAGCACGAAAUCCUGUGCUUCCAUAGCUUUGUUUGUUUUUAUUAACCUAAAAACUGCAACAGUAAAACUUUUUAAAAAGUAAGCAAACUAACUGAUUGUUUUAAGCUGGAAAUUCUUUCUUAGUAUUUUGAUAUUUUCUACCUCUUAAGAAAUAAACGACAUAUUUAAGAUCUUAUAUUUAAAAAAUGACCAUCUGCCUUAUGGAGAAAUGUAUGGAAUCUUUGAUCUUCCUCUGUUUGUUUGUUAUAUUCAGAUAAACAUUCAAGUGUCUUGCACUAAAUCAGUUGCAUCUCUUUCCUUUAAUUUUAUACAUUUGGAUAGAUUUGCGGAAGCACUAAGUCACUGAUUAUAAUAUAACAGGAAAAAAAUGUAGCAGAAGUCUUGCUUUGAGUCAAGACUAUAGCGAUGGGCAGUAUCUUUUUUUUCCAUGAAUUCACAACGCUAUGCUCAUUAACAGAAUAAUUUGCAUUCCUACCUAUCUGCAGUUCAAGCCUGACUCAUGAUUCUUCAAAUCUCUUCUGUGUAUGUGUGACUCUCUGGCAUCAACACGGAUUUCAGGUGUAGAUCAAUGUCCACCACCACUCUCUUUUCUUAAAUACCAUUUCAAAAAAAUAAACCCUGUCUAUGAUAAACAUUGUUAACGUGAAUUAUGACUGGAACAUAUGGACAAUGCAUGCAUAAGAGUGACUCAGGACAAGUAGCUUAGAAAAGCUUACAGCUUACUGUGUGCUGCUUUGUUCUGAAGAAAACCCGUUAAAAUUGAUCAAUAUAAUACUUGUAACAUGAAGUAAAUACUAUGAAAACUUCCAUUUUAAACCAAAUCUGUGACAUCAGUUUAGAUGAAUAUUUAAAUUUUGCUUUCUGCUACCUUGAAGCUUCAUUGUGUCCCAGGCAGAUAAAUGUUUUCUCACUAUUAUUCACUUUGCCCAGGAACUCUGGGCUCACUACUAUUUCUAUAAUUUAUCGCCAAAAAUGUUAGUAUAUUUUCUUGUACUUAUUAUGUCUUUUAAAAACUCAGCUAGCACUCCAGCAGCUUGCAACAAGGCAUGUUUCAAGUCAGCAUGAAAACAAAAUCUGGGCUUUCAUUCAGAAGGGAAUCUUAACCUUUGGGAGCUGUUUGGCUUUUUGAGGAAAAUGAAGAUCUCUUCAUGACUGGAAUCUUUCUUGUUUUAUUCUUGUAUUAUCAAAACUUGACACAGAAAUGAGUGGAUAUUUGUAAUUAUCCUUGUUGUUUGCAGUUACCAUCUAUAACUAAUAAUUACAUGCAUUUAACAACGAAGGAGGGUAAGAGAAAGAAGUGGAAAAACGCUUUUAAGAAAAGGAGUAGCAUUUGUGAUGGAUGCAUUGAACUUCUCAUUGUCAUGUUUGGCAGCUGUUGUGAUUAUUGUCUGAUCUGAUUGCUGGUUUUGCAUUUUCUGUGUAUGGAGUGAAUUUCCCCAUACUUUGUCAUAUGAACUAAUAGUUAAUAGCAUUCAAAUAAAGGGACUAGGGACAAAGUUAAAGAACUGUAAUGCAUUAAAGUCUGUGGGUGUUAAACAAAACUAAUCUCAUUUUGAUGUUUGAGUCACAAUUUCUUGAGAAAUCCAACUGGCAUUGUUUUCCUGUAUCUUACAGUCUGAAAUGUCUAAAAGACACUUAGUUAAAGACAAGGGGCAGUGAGCUGGGAAGUGCCUUAUAGAAAAUCUUAGCAAAAUUCCCAUAUCAAGAAGGCAAACAUCAGAAUUUCACUAUUUUCUUCAGUAAAAUAAUGCCCAAGAUUAUGCUAGACUUUUAUCUGGUGUAACAAAUGGUGAAUGAUCCUCUGGUCAAUGUUUCCAGCUGCAGUAUAGUUGUCCCUGCCUAUGUUUGUAUGAAAGAGUUGGGUUUAAUUGCUAAGCUUCUGUCAACUAUAUAUUAAGUGGAAAGAAAUUGUCUUGAUGUUAUUUCUGUGUAUUUCUGUAUAAAAAUAUAUUAAUCAUUCACAAACUUUAACAUACUCUAGAGUUAUUCUUGGUGAAAUAUGAAAUUUGGUUUUCCCCAAAUAACUUCCAUUUUCUUUCAGUGAUGCACUAGGAGAUCUGUUGUAUUUAGUAACGGACGUUUCUACCCUCAGUGGUAGAAAUGAAGUAUUAGGUGACUGACUUCUUUACUGCACGGCAGUGAUUCCCAAUCUGUUCUGCUCCGUGCAUCAAUCUUAAAAUUUCCUGAGGACACUUGCCUCCUGUUUUAGCACUCUUACUUGAUGACUUUGUAAGCAUUGCUUAAGAUUAUGUGGGGGGACAGUUUGAGCACCACUCAUCUAGUUCUCCCCUUCUCUGUGCACCCCUUCACAGAGCAAAAAAAUAACCACAAAUUUACAUCAAGGUAAUGGAACAGCUCAUGCCUUUGAAUGUUACAACACUGACUCAGUUUUCAAAUUCCACAGCAAAGGGAGAAAAGGUCCCAGGGAAAUAGUGUUUAGAGAGACAGAAACCUACAGCUGUACUUCCAGAUUUACAGGUUUGACACUUAGAAUCAGGUUUUGUGCAAAGUUUGGUGUUAAAAAGCAACAGUUUAACUUGUUUAGGACACUACCCUUGGUAGUACAAAGUGCUAUAUAGACAGAGUGGAUGUAGUGUGUGCCAUUCAUCAUUGCCUUCCUUUCUUAAUCUUUAUUCUCUGAUACAUGCUUUGUGUUAAUUUGCCUGCAUUAAUCUAUUUUUUUGGGUGCUUUUGAAGUACAGAUCCAGUCAAGUACUUAGGUUCUUCAUACAGAGCUUGGAUAAUCUACAUUUAUAUGUAACUUGUACUCCUUUGAAGGAUCUGAAGCAGGCUUCUGAUGUCUUUUAAGACCUGGCCCCUGGAGGAGGUGGUGGUUGCAGACACUGUCACCUUAUUAUUUGGCAGCUUACUGCUUAGUGUCCCUGCAAGAGUUUCAGGCUGUUGAGAAGAGGUCACUGGACAGAAAGGAACACAAAGGAAUAUACAACCAGGGGCAGCUUUGGGGCUAGGGCUGUUCUUAAAUAAAAAAAUGAAGUAUCUGCCCUUCAAUUUCCCUCAGCUGUUUACACUGCUUUUAGGUCCCCUCAAAUCUAAAGGUCUUAUUCGUUAAUGUGCUUGCAUCUGCUUUUGUGUAAAUCUGUUCUGUUAUGUCUCUGGAUGAUCAGCUUUUCAGAGCUGAAAAUUUUGUUUUGUUCAGAUUUUGUGUGUGACUCAUAGGAAGUGGGGGCAUGCUGAAGAGGAAUGCAAAACCUGGACUGCCACACCUAUGUAACAGUGAAGGGUGAAAUCCACCUUCUUCACAUAACUGAGUACAGCUUGCAUGAGCUGGAGUGGGAUGGUGCUAUUCAAAGGAAUGAUACUAAAAUGGAAGGCUCUUUAGAUUAGGUAUGUUUUCAUUCGUGGAUUUUGCAUACUAUAAAUAAACUCAUCUUUUCUAUCUUCUAGCUACUGAGGGGCGCAACUCAGUCCAGCAGCUGAAGUUGAUAAGGACUUGCAAAUCUUACCUGGCUUAUCUAUUAAAACUUAGUAAGUGCUGUAACUUACCACCAAACACAGUAUUGUGCUGCUCAGUUCUUUGAUGCUGUUCUUGCUGUAGUUUUUGAAAGCAAUAAGAGAAAUUUCCCACAUAAAUAGUUGCUGUAUGUUAAAAAAAUAUUUUAAGUGAUUCUUCUUCAUAUAUAUACAAGUCGUCAAUUAGGUGUUACUGCUGUAUAAAACAAAACUGUAUUACAACUUAUGGGAAAGUUUUGGAGAUUGAUCCACUAGAAAUGCUGAGCUCUUUCACCUCCACACGUCUGGGGUGAUGGUGAAAAUAUUUGAUAUUCCUGAGAACUGUAUUUUUGUUGAGUGUUUUACUUAUUCCAGUACUGGAAAAACAUGCCACAUGUAUGAGGUAUUACAUAUGCAGUGCUGCUAAAUACUGACUUUGUUGUAUGUUUUGAUAGAGUGUUAAUGAUUUUGGGAUGAAGAAAGUUAUCUUCUGUGUUGGGUGACCACCAGCUUUCAGAUUUUUGAGAAAAUUUUCUGUAGUCAGCAUAGUUCCUGUUUUCUGCUUUACUUAAUGCAAAAAUUUGUAACGUUGGAGCACCUUGCUGCACAAUUUCAUUUACAUUUCUGUCUCUGUAACCAAUUUAGUUGGAUCUUAAUAAAUCAUACUUGAAAAAGG